CCGGAAGGCACCCCACGGCGGCGCGACCGUCGUGGCUGCAGUCCCCAUGUUCAGGGGCACUCGGCCAUCGCUGUAGACCUUUGGAUUUGGCAGGGGCUAAUAAACGCGCAUCUUAGACUUUCACCCUGACCAGUUCUACAAAACCCAUUCCUCUACCGAAGAAGGUCUCGCCUGCCACCGAGGUGAUGGAUCCGCCGGCUACUACGGCGCGGAAACCUCCGACUGCGAUGCACCGAGCUCCCUUGUGAAUGCCACUUUCGACUGGAUCGCCGCCAAUAUCGUAGACGAUAUCGAUUUCGUCAUCUGGACCGGUGACACUGCACGUCAUGACAGUGACGAGGAAAUCCCUCGUAGUCCUGCGCAGGUGCUCGGUACCAACCGGUUUGUUGCCGACAAGUUUGCCGAGACCUUUGGCGACCCGAAAGACUCUACGCGCAUGGCCGUUCCCGUAAUCCCUACAUUUGGAAACAACGACAUCCUUCCGCACAACAUUCUCUUGCCGGGACCCAACAAGUGGCUGGGAUACUAUGCCGAGAUCUGGAAGCGCUUCAUCCCCGAAGAGCAACGCCACUCAUUCGAGUACGGUGGCUGGUUCUAUGUCGAGGUGAUCCCCAAGAAGCUGGCAGUCUUCAGUCUCAACACGCUGUACUUCUUUGACCGAAACGCCGGUAUCGAUGACUGCCUGCAACCUUCCGAGCCGGGCUUCAAGCAGCUGGAAUGGCUUCGCGUGCAGCUAGGAUUCCUACGUGAGCGCGGCAUGAAGGCUAUCCUCAUGGGCCAUGUGCCGCCUGCUCGGACGGACAGCAAGAAGAACUGGGACGAGACAUGCUGGCAAAAGUAUAAUCUUUGGAUGCAGCAGUACCGCGAUGUGGUUGUGGGUUCGCUCUACGGCCACAUGAACAUCGACCACUUCAUCGUGCACGACACCAAGGAGAUCAACAUCAACAUUCUGGGCGGGUACGCAAUUGAUGACGAUGUCGGACGUGAAGCACUUGAGGACGAACUUGGGAUCCAAUCGGCACAGGAUUACCUGACAGAGCUGCGACAAGGCUGGGCGAAGCUUCCUCCUGUCGACGUCAAUGCGCUGGAGGAGGAUGAGUCGUACGAGUUGGAAGCACAGAGCAAGAAGGGCAACAAGGACAAGAAGAAGAAAAAGAAGCCUGGAAAGGGCUUGGGCGGCAAGUAUGCGGAGCGAUACCACCUAUCUUUCGUCGGCCCCAGCAUCGUGCCCAACUACUUCCCCACGCUCCGUAUCAUGGAGUACAACAUCUCCGGCUUGGAGGACGCAGCAGUCUGGACAGACUCCUCCACCAAGGCGGCGCCGUCAGUGCUACUCUCGGCCGACGACGAUCACAUCCACGAGGACCUGAAGCACGACAUAGACGCCGCCCGGAAGAAAAAGAAGGAAGGCAAGAAAGGGAAAAAGGAAAAGAAGCCGACGCCCAAGGACCCCAACCUGGUCAUCCCGCAACCGCCACCUGCAGGCACCGGCCCUGGCCCGGCCUAUGCGCCCCAGCCCCUGACCUUCCUUGGAUACACCCAGUACUUCGCAAACCUGACCUAUCUCAACAACGACAUGACGCAAGAGACCAAGGAUGUGUCUGGGACAAGGUGGCGGGACGGCAUUCACAAAGACAAGGACCCCAAGUCCAAAAAGCCAAAACCGCAUCCCUUCGCGUUCGAGGUUGAGUACAGCACCUUCACGGACAAGAUCUACAAGCUGUCGGAUCUGACGGUACGGAGCUACGUCGAGCUGGCGAACCGCCUCGCCAAAGAGAAUGCCAAGGGCAAGGCACUUGCUGAAGACUUUGAAGAAGAAGAAGAAGAAGAAGACGAAGACGAAAAAGAAGAGUUGGACAAUCAGAAAGGCACAUUAGACUUGGAGGAAGAGGACGACGAUGGGGACGAAGAAGUCGUAGAUGAUGAAGAUGGUAUAGAAGCAGAGAAAAAGAAGAAGAACGGCGGCAAGAAAGGCAAGAAGGGGAAGAAGAAGAAGAAGAAGCACAACAAGGUCUGGCUGCAUUUCCUCAAGCACGCGUUCGUCAGGACUGUGCCCCAGAAGAAGCUCAAGAAGUUUUAGAGCAUUGCUGGCCUAGAGAGCUGCGGGAGGUUGGGGGAGGCUUUCGUCAGGGGUCAUUGCCUGCAUCUGGCAUCGGGUUGCGUGUUUGUUGUCUCGUGUAUUCUUGCAUGACUUGAUGAAGGCACAUUGGCGUUUUGUGGGGAAAGGGGCAUUGUAUCAAAGGGUAGCGAAACUGAUCAUCAUCUUUCUUGUUUUAUGUUUGGUCUCCUUUCUAUUAUUUUCUUUGCACAUUUCGAGCCGAGCCGAGUUGCUAGUCGACCAGGCAGGCCUUGCUGUAGCAUUUGCAAACCUAAAAAUCUGCUUGUUUCCCGAGACGUUUUCUUCUUCAGUCUCGGUGGCGGGGUCAGGACCAAGGGCACACAGUAAACAUGCAUACAUAAUCUCGCUAGCUUCGAUAGGGGGAACGCAUCGAUGGAGUGCA